AUUAAAAGAGAGCUUUCGCUUUUGUCGCAUGGACUAACAAGGCAUAGGAAAGAGGUGUUUUACGAAAUGACCAGCGUGUGACUCGUCAGUGGAUACGGUCGCCAAUCCUAAAUGGUCUUGAGGAUGUAGUUGGAGGAUCAGAUAGAUACCCAGCUUAUUGCGCUAUGGUCAGACAACCUGAUUCCCAGUCAAGUGUUGUGACGUAACAUCGGACAUACGGCCCAUUGAUCAGUAUUAGUCUUUGUGACGGGAUUAUCCGUGUCUUCUGCGUAACUACUAGGAUCCAUUGUCAUACCUGUUGUGUCGUUUCCAUGGUUCCUUCAGUCCUUAUAUACCAGCCAAUCAGUGGUCUCCUUGUAUAACAGCAUGGCUGAGGGUACCAUCAUGUCUGUGGUACGCUACACUGCGGUGCUUUUGCUUCAGUUUACCUUUACGCACUUGUGCCUGACCUUUGAUCUUGAGGGGUCGCAGACAUCUUAUGCAGCCUUCAGUCGAUGGAACCCCUGCCUCAAUGGAACCUUAAGUUUUGAAUUUAAAACAGACCAACCAAACGCCUUGUUAAUGUACACUGACGACGGCGGUAAGUAUGAUUUUUUCGAGGUCAAACUUGUCGGAGGAAUUGUGCGCUUGCGGCUCAAUUUGGGCGAUGGCACAGUGAUUCUUACAGCGGGACACAAUGCCAAUGACAUGCGAUGGCACAAAGUGGAAGUGAAGCGAUCCAAUGAGCAGACGACCAUCAGUGUGGACGGAAUGUCUCAGUCCAGAUCUUCAAAAGGUUCAGAAUUUGCAUUCGGUGGAGCCUCCAAUAACAACGUGUUCUUUGGCGGGAUGCCUAUAGAGUACAGUGCCACUUUGAACCAACUAGCUUUGCCAUCUGUAAUGUUUGAACCUAGAUUUAAGGGAUCUGUCAGGAAUAUCUUAUACUCCAACUGUGGUGGUCCCUUGGAACGGCCUUCCAUGGUGGACUUUCAAGGAAUACGCAAUUCAGAUGAGGACCUUUGUGACCAGAGCAAUCCAUGUGAAAACGGCGGGAUGUGCCUGUCGCUGAAUAACGGGGUACACUGUGACUGCUCCCGCACGGACUACGAGGGAAAGUUUUGUAAAAGGGCAAAAACACCAUCUGAAGCGACAUUUUUUGGUGCUCACUACUUGUCAUAUGACCUGUCUAGCCGUGGUGACCCCAUCGUUAGCAAUGUGGAUGAGGUUAAUCUGCAGUUCCGUACCAGACAGGCCAAUGGACUGCUCUUCUACACAGGUGAUGGGGCAGACUAUUUGAACAUUGCGUUAAAAAAUGGUGGAAUUGCGGUCAGCGUCAACCUGGGGUCAGGAGUCUACACCAAGGACGUGUACUCUUCAGAUUUCAGCCUGAAUACCCAGCGCUUAGAUGACAACAAGUGGCACCAUCUGGUGGUGAAACGGGAAGCCAGAGAGCUAACCCGGAAUAAAGGUGUAUGCUAUAUCCGAGUGAAUGUUGAUGGUAAAGAACAAGACGUGGGCACAACCUCUGGGGACUUCACUUUGCUGUCCAGUAACAUCCUGUUUGUGGGGGGAAGCCCUAACACUGCGCAGCUAGCAGGCUCCCUGGUACCAAACAACUUCAAAGGCUGUUUGAAAAAGGUGAUUUACAAAGCUGACAGCAUUCAUCUUGACUUGGUGGACUUGGCUCGUGCUGACCACAACCUGAUAAACGUGGUGGGAGAUGUUUUAUUUGACAAGUGUAAGGAUUUGGUGGAAUCUCAACCAGUCACUUUCACUAGUCCUGAAUCCUUUAUUUCCCUGCCAACAUGGGAAGUUGAAAAGAAUGGUUCGGUCUCCUUUCAGUUCCAGACGAUCGAAUCUAAUGGCGUCAUCAUGUACAACAAUGGCGCUGAAAGCAACUCCGAUUUUUUCGCCUUGGAGAUUUUGGACAGUAACCUCUACCUGAUCCUUGACCUUGGGUCUGGUCCUGUGAAGGUAAAAGCUCCAGCCAGGUCAGUUGCGGACGGUUUGCCACACCAUGUCCUGGUGAGUUUGGAUGGUCAAAAUGGCUUCUUUCAGAUGGAUGGCAACAAGAUUGAAUUUUCAACACCGGGUCCUGAUGACACGCUUGACUUGGAAGGUAUGCUGUAUGUUGGUGGCAUCAGCAAUCACCGUGAUGCCUAUCUCUUACCUCAGGAAAUGUGGUCUGGGAUGCUGGGCUUCGGAUAUGUCGGCUGUCUCCAGGAUUUGGUGCUUAAUGGGGUUAAGAUAGACCUUGCCCACCUUGCCAAGCAGCAGGCAUCUCAGGGAAUUGCUGAGUACUGUCGCACCAUGGAACCUCAGUGUCUCAGUCGACCCUGCAUGCACAAGGGGGUCUGCUACGAGGGAUGGAAUAGAUUUGUCUGUGACUGCAGAGCGUCUGGCUACAUUGGACCAGUAUGUCAGCAAGCUGCAACCACACUCAAGUUCGACGGCACUCAGCACAUGAAGGUCUCUUUACCAGCCGAAUCACUGACUGAAGCUGAGGAUAUAUCCCUACGCUUCAAGACCAUCUAUCCAAAUGGCCUACUUUUUGUGACCACCACCAGCAGAUCGGAAGACUCGAUGGAGCUGACUGUGGACGGUGGAUCAGUACGCUUUAGCCUCAGCCUGGGAGGAUCUUCUACGACAUUAGUGGUGGGCACAAAUGUGAAUGAUGGCUACUGGCAUACAGUGUACAUAAAACGCCGAGCGCGGGAAAUGGAGAUGCGCAUCGAUGACCAGCAUCCUCACAGAGAAAAACUGCGAGUUGACCAGUAUAUCUUUGAGUAUUCAAGUAUUUUUCUAGGUUCAGCAGAAGUCACUGUUGAUGCAACAGCCAAAUCUCGAAACCGGAAAACUAUUUUAGACUUUGAAUCUCUAGAAGUGGGCAACAUGAUGUUGAGUGAUGACAACUCCUUGCGUACUCUGACCAGCUUCAAUGGCGAAAUGCAACAGUUCGUGUUCAACAAGAACCAGUUCAUUGAGAUGGCAAGUUCAGGCCAGAUCCAAAACAUAGAACUAACGGCCACAGUGAACAGCCAGGAGAUCAUUAAAGAUCCGGUCACGUUCAAGUCCAAGUCUGCUUACAUCAUGCUACCACAGUUCCAGGCCUAUUCCUCAUUCACACUUUACUUCCAAUUCAAAACCACGGAAGCCAACGGUCUUAUCUUUUAUAAUGAUGGCAAAGAGCAAGACUUCAUAGCCGUUGAAUUGACCAAAGGUUACCUGUACUAUAGUUUUAGUGUGGGAGCAGGAUCGAGCCGGAUUAAAAUUGAGAGUCCGACAAAGCUCAACAACAACGAGUGGCAUGAUGUGGCUAUUAUUCGUCCAGAUGAUACUCAACACAUUCUGCGUGUUGACGAUGCACCACCUACUGUUCAUAAAUCAAAGGAGACUCAGAUCGUGCACUUUGACCUCAGUGGGCCCCUGUACGUGGGUGGAGUGAAGAAAACGCUGUAUUCGCUUCUGCCGCGGUCAGUGCUGUCCAGGGAGGGUUACCAGGGCUGUCUGGCUUCCAUAGACUUGAACAGUCAGAUGUUCAAUCUCAUGUCUUCAUCAGACAGAAUUGUGGGAUCUGUGGCUGAAGGUUGCCAAGGCCCCAGUGUGAUGUGUGCCACUGAUUCCUGUCUUAAUAAUGGCCGCUGUGUCCAGCACUGGAAUUCCUUCACCUGUAACUGUGACCUCACCUCUUACACGGGCCCAAGCUGUAUUGAGAAGAGCAUCUCUUACCGCUUUGGUCCUGGAAGUGGACUGAUCACGUACAGGUUUCCUGAUGGUAAAUACCCCAAAACGACUUACGAUGAGCUGGCCCUUGGCUUCAUAACGCAGGAGACAGAUGCAGUGUUACUGCGCAUCGACAGUGCUACAUCAGAAGAUUACUUGGAGAUGGAACUGGUGAAGGGGAAUAUCUUUGUGGUGUACAACAUGGGAAAUGAUGACCACCCAGUGGCUGAGCUGUAUGCCAAGGUGUCCGAUGGAAAGUACCAUGUGGUGAGGUUCACGAGGACGGGGCCCAACUCCACCAUACAGGUGGACAACAUGCUGGUGCAGCCCAAAACACCAGAAGGGAGACAACUCAAUAUGUUCAAUGAUCAAGCUGUGAUUCAGAUAGGAGGCAAGAAGAACAAAGACGGGCGAAUUAUACGACAGUUCCGCGGAAUAAUGUCAGGAUUGGUAUUUAACGAGAAGCGAUUACUAGACCUGGCAUCGGAGAACGAUCCACAGAUAACAAUAGAGGGGGAUGUGCAGGAGGACAUGGAGUUCGAGAGACAUAUCAAACAAGACCCCAAAGCAGACGUUGUUGAUCUGGUGAAAGCUGGCUGGCAGUCGACCGAAGGAAUCCGACCAUCUUGGACAACAUUGCCAACUCCUUCCAUAGUUAUGGAGAGUUCUCUUGAAGAACUGCAGUUUGGUGUGGCCAGUGGCUCAGGGAGUGGGAUCUCACCCAUGCGACCAGGAUUUGAGGACAUGGAGGUAGAGGUUGAGAUAACUGGCAAAAAACCAUUCAAUGGAGAGUCUGACAAAGUAAAAUCUGCCAGAGGAUCAGGAAGUGACAAUGGUCCCAUAUUGCCAGGAUUAGAGGAUUUGGAGAAUGACAGUGUGAAAUCUGACAGAGGAUCAGGAAGUGGCAAUGGUUCCAUGUUGCCUGGAUUAGAGGAUUUGGAGAAUGACAUUGUGAAAUCUGACAGAGGAUCAGGAAGUGGCCAAGGUACCAUGUUGCCUGGAUUAGAGGAUUUGGAGAAUGACAGUGUGAAAUCUGACAGAGGAUCAGAAAGUGGCCAAGGUACAAUGUUGCCUGGAUUAGAGAAUUUGGAGAAUGACAGUGUGAAAUUUGACAGAGGAUCAGGAAGUGGCCAAGGUACCAUGUUGCCUGGAUUAGAGGAUUUGGAGAAUGACAGUGUGAAAUCCGACAGAGGAUCAGGAAGUGGCCAAGGUACCAUGUUGCCAGGAUUAGAGGAUUUGGAGAAUGACAGUGUGAAAUCCGACAGAGGAUCAGGAAGUGGCCAAGGUACCAUGUUGCCAGGAUUAGAGGAUGUGGAGAAUGACAGUGUGAAAUCUGACAGAGAAUCAGAAAGUGGCCAAGGUACCAUGUUGCCUGGAUUAGAGGAUUUGGAGAAUGACAGUGUGAAAUCCGACAGAGGAUCAGGAAGUGGCAGUGGUUCCAUGUUGCCUGGAUUAGAGGAUGUGGAGAAUGACGUUGUGAAAUCUGAUAGAGGAUCAGGAAGUGGCCAAGGUCCCAUGUUGCCUGGGUUAGAGGAUAUGAAAAAUGAGAGUGUGAAACUGGACAGAGGAUCAGGAAGUGGCAGUGGUUCCAUGUUGCCUGGAUUAGAGGAUAUGGAAAACGAGAGUGUGAAACGCGACAGAGGAUCAGGAAGUGGCAAUGGUCAAAUGUUUCCUGGAUUUGAAGAUUUAGAAAAUGAAAGUGUGAAACGCGACAGAGGAUCAGGAAGUGGCAGUGGUUCCAUGUUGCCUGGAUUAGAGGAUAUGGAAAACGAGAGGGUGAAACUGCACAGAGGGUCAGGAAGUGGCAGUGGUCAAAUGUUUCCUGGAUUUGAAGAUUUAGAAAAUGACAGUGUGAAACGCGACAGAGGAUCAGGAAGUGGUAAUGGUUCCAUGUCACCUGGAUUAGAGGAUAUGGAAAACGAGAGUGUGAAACGCGACAGAGGAUCAGGAAGUGGUAAUGGUCAAAUGUUCCCUGAAUUUGAAGAUUUGGAAAACGAAAGUGUGAAACAUGACAGAGGAUCAGGAAGUGGUAAUGGUUCCAUGUCGCCUGGAUUAGAGGAUUUGGAGAAUGACAGUGUGAAACGCGACAGAGGAUCAGGAAGUGGCAGUGGUCAAAUGUUCCCUGGAUUUGAAGAUUUAGAAAAUGAGAGUGUGAAACGCGACAGAGGAUCAGGAAGUGGUAAUGGUUCCAUCUUGCCUGGAUUAGAAGAUAUGGAAAAUGAGAGUGUGAAACGUGACAGAGGAUCAGGAAGUGGCAGUGGUUCCAUGUUGCCUGGAUUAGAGGAUAUGGAAAAUGAGAGUGUGAAACUGCACAGAGGGUCAGAAAGUGGCAAUGGUCAAAUGUUUCCUGGAUUUGAAGAUUUAGAAAAUAAAAGUGUGAAACACGACAGAGGAUCAGGAAGUGGUAAUGGUUCCAUGUCACCUGGAUUAGAUGAUAUGGAAAAUGAGAGUGUGAAACUGCACAGAGGAUCAGGAAGUGGCAGUGGUUCUAUGUUGCCUGGAUUAAAGGAUAUGGAAAACGAGAGUGUGAAACUGCACAGAGGAUCAGGAAGUGGCAAUGGUCAAAUGUUUCCUGGAUUUGAAGAUUUAGAAAAUGAAAGUGUGAAAGCAGAUAGAGGAUCAGGAAGUGGUAAUGGUCCCACUUUGCCAGGAAUGGAGGAUUUGGAAAAUGAGCAUGUGAGACUGGACAGAGGAUCAGGGAGUGGCAAUGGUUCCAUGUUGCCUGGAUUAGAGGAUAUGGAAAAUGACAAUUUGAAACCCAACAGAGGAUCAGAAAAUGGCAGUGGUCCCAUGUUACCUGAAUUAGAGGAUUUGGAAAAUGAGAGUGUGAAACCCAAGGGAGGAUCAGGAAAUGUUGCUGGUCCUAUGAUGCCGGGACAAGAAGAUUUUGAAAAUGAAAGUGUGAAACCUGACAGAGGAUCAGGAAGUGGUAAUGGUCCCACUUUGUCUGGUUUGGAGGAUUUGGAAAAUGAGCAUGGGAAACAGGAUAGAGGAUCAGGAAGUGGUGGUGGUUCCAUGUUACCUGGAUUGGAGGAUGUUGAAAGUCCAGCAUUUCAGGGAAAGAGCUCAGGGUUCCAUUUUACAAGUUCAGAAAAUUCACAGGUGCAGAAAUCAACAGAGAAAUACAAGAUUCAUAAUGGAGACCCUGGCCAUUCUGGAGAUCAACUGUCAUUUAAAAGUGACAAGAAAGACCAAAUUUCAGAAGUUAAAGGUCCCAUUGUGGAUGAAGUAUUGACUAGAAACUCUGAUAUUAAGAAAGCUAACAAUAACACACAUUCCAACUACAAGAGCAUUCCAGGGUUUGUUGACAUGGAGAUGUUGCAGCAUAAAAAUAUGUCACUUAAAAGAAUAGUAAUAGAGGAAGGCAGCCAGCCAAAUUCGGUAGAUACCACGGAUGAUAUUGAUGAGAAUUAUAUUUUGUCAGGUUCAAGAUCAAGGUUUCAUUCGGGUAAAGAAAUUGUCUCCAAAACUACCCUUAGUAACCGUAAUGCCCUGUCUACCUUAAGGAUCAGUCAUUCCAAGAGAAUUCGACUUAAAACAAAAUUGUCAUGGUAUCUGAAGGAAAGUUGGACAAGCCAUGAAAAAGUUUCUUCUAAAACGACGCCUGUGAAAGACAAUAAUGUGAUCAGUUGGAGGAAUGCUGUUCAGAGCAUUAAGCGCAUCAUUCAGUUGAAAGUUAAAGACCCAGCAGUCCCAAAACCUGAGGAUUUAACGAAGCAGAAUGAUCAAGCCUCUGCCCAGCACACAACUCCCAGACAGGAUGUCACGGACGAGAUCAUCUUUGCAGGAGAAGGGUCGGGUUGCCAUAGUGAUGAUGAAGAUGACUGCACUGAUGUUGUAUCGGGUCACGAGGAUGAUAUCAUCACACCUACAGUCAUCAUCAGGACCACCCCCAAACCUAAAACAACCACCUCCAGUAAAACUGCUCCGUGUGAUGAUGAGGACAGCUGUGAUGGCUCUGGUGGGGAUGGCCGAGAAACUCAGCCAUCAAGGAGACCCCCAACAAGGAAGCCGCCCAGGAAUCCUGGGAAAACCAGCAGAAAGCCGCCCACAAAGGGAUCUACACAUGGCACCACCAAGCGGCCUAAGGAGGACGCAACUGUAUGGAGCGGCCUUGCCAACAUCACUGUGUCGCUUAAUGGCCCGUCAGAAGGAGACAAUGCAAAUGGACCAACAGAACGACCAAUCAAAACAGAAAAAAAUAUGGAACGUGUCAAUGUCGGUCUUAUCGUGGGAAUAGUGGCUGGUGUUGCAAUUGCAUUACUUAUCCUAAUAUAUGCUCUGUAUAAAUUUCGCAGCAGGGAUGAAGGAUCAUACAAAGUAGACGAAACUCAAAAUUUUGCCUAUGUAAGUGAACCCAAAAAGGCCCCCAGCACUAAUGGAGGCCUUAAACCCAACAAUAACUGUGCCCCAGGAAAAACUGGCAAGAAACGAGACGUUAAAGAAUGGUAUGUCUGAGAAUUCUAGACUGCUCUUUAAGAAGAAAAUUUUACUGUAUAAUUUUUAAAAUGUGAUAAUGAAAUCAAAGUGGCUGGAGGGGGAAAACGUAUUAUAGUGUUCAAGGAUUUGUGAAUUCCACGCUCAGCUCAGUCUGUUUGACCAAGACUUGUGUGUGAGAGCCCUGAAUGGUCAGGGGUCCAAGAGAAGAUAUUGAGUGCUCAAUUACAACAAUUCUGAGGACAAAGCUGAUUAAACCUUAGUCAUCAAAGGUCUACACACAAACUGUCCCUGAUCAGCACGGAUAGUGUUUACCAGUGUUGUUGUGCAAUGUUUUGUCUAAACGUUCAUUUAAAUUCAGUAAACAAACUAAUUACCGAUAGUUGGCUUUUACAGACAUGCCUAGAAGCUUCUGACUGGAAUCUAGUGACGACAGAUGAUUAGCUGUCUCCCCUUGACGGAUAUGUACAUGUAGCUGGCCUCCCAAACAAUGUGAUUUUUGGGGGGUUAUUUUGGUUAGUACAUUGGUGCAAUUUGUAUAAGAAGGCGCCUUUGAGGGGAGUAACCAUGAGCUCAAUCCUGAGAUAUUACCCCAGUUUGCAGAAAAUUGUUUCGAAUAAAAACUAUUGCUGGGAAAAAAACGCAAAAGCAGAAUUAGGCUGUGUUUAAUAUAGGCAUGUCUUUUGGAAUACAAUCAUUUAUCAGUAUUGAAGUACUGUUUAAUUUUGUUCUAUUCAUGGCGCAGAUGUUUUAAGGAACACAUAUCAUGUGUAGGUUAAGCAUACAAAUUCAGUGUUUGUACAAAUUGAGCUUUAAUUGUCAUAUCAUGCACCCGUUCACUGUUAGUAGACCUAGUUGACACAUUAGGAUGGAACGAGUUACAAGACCAAGAAUUGUCACCAUAGCAACAGAGAACUGUAACCAUAGCAACAGAGAACUAGGACCAUAACCACUCAACUGCGUGUGAUAAAAUACAACCCUUGUACUUCUGUCGGAAAUAUGGUCCAGAAUAGUCAGUCUAUAGAAAUUUGCUGUAUAUUUGUAUUAUAAGAAAGAUAACUCUGCGUUACUGCUGUGUUCUAGCACUGUUAUAAACCUGAUUGUGUAGCCGCCCAGUUUUCCUGUGAAAUGCUUGGAUAAUGUGCUCAGAGCUGGAUCUGACCAAUACCACGGCCUGUAUUAUAGAGAAUUUCGUCGUGUUUCCCGGCUGAGCAAGGACCUAACCAAUGGAGUUGCCUGUACUAUUUAAGCUUGGGCCUGAGUUUCCCUGCUGAGCAAGGAUCUGACAAAUAGUUGCCUGUACUGUAUAAACUUGGGUCCAAAUUUCCCUGCUGAGCAAAGAUCUGACCAAUAGAGUUGCCUAUACUAUAUGGGCUUGGGUGCAUGUUUCCCAACUGAGCAUGGAUCUGGUCAGUAGAGAUGCAUGUACUGUAGGUGCUUGGGUCCAUGUUACCCCGCUACUUAUAUUCUCUAGAUAGUGUCACAAACGACCUUCCAUAGACGAGGGAAUAAUUGACCUAAAUGGUUGUAUCUGUGUAUUGUUUGUAUUUUUAUCUACGCAGUGUUACACUGUUGUAUCAUUACGUGCUUUUAUAUUGUUAUUUAUGACAUACACAAAUUGUUUGUGUUAAUUUGCAAGUGCACCUCUUGUUACGUUUUUAUUUUUAUUUUCCUUCUGAUUAUUACCUCAUAAUUCAUUCUUUGUACAUAUUAUGCUUGCUAGCAGACCCUGCAUGGCAAGAAGUAGCAUAUUCAGUCAUUUACCUGUUCGAAUGACAGCACAAUGUAAUCUCUGAUACUUGUAUUAUACAUUGCCUAAAUGACACGGGUUUUACUGAAAUAUCGGCUGAAUGAGGACUGGUGUCCUUUGAUUGAAGUCUGGAAUUCACUGGCUGAUGGCGUUGAGUCCACAGGAAUGACGGAUCCAGACUUCAUUUCUGUGCGUGAAAACUUGACAGGGGAUUUUAAAGACUGUGGGAUUUAGCCCAAGUCUAUAUAUAUCUGACUUAAAACCUCACGAUUUAGUUUAGUUCAAAAACUGGGACCAAUGCCUUUUUAUUCAGAUUUUUAUAAUCAAGCCAUGUUGUUUGAAGUGAGUAGUUGAUAAUUUACCUCCUUAUUUCCGUACACAUGGUGAAAAACUGUGUUAAAUGGUUUUCCCAUAGAAUAGUGCUUUAAGCAAUAUGGCGUAUAGUCUCUUCCCGUAUAUCUUUACAUUUUUAUCAUGUCCAGGCAGUAAGAGAGGAAAAACAAAUAUGCCUUAGCUUCUUAUCAGAACCGCACAAUCUCCUCCUAAUUUUCAUAAACGUACCUUAUUUGACUAAUAUUUAUUUGAAAAAAAAAACACAAUUUUAAUCCAGUUUUUACAGUCUGUUUUAGCAGUUUCUCUUUUUUUCAAGGUUAGCAUAUACCAUGCAAAAAAUCUCAGAGACUAAUUUGUUUGAAACAGGUUCCAAGUAUCACCACCAGUUCCUCAGUUUCACACAUCACUACUGGCUGAUGAAAUAUGUCUCAAAAGUACUGUUUUGUCUGUCUGUUUUAUACAAAGGCUUUAAAGAAAGUUUAUCAUUAUUAGAGUCGGCACUCUUCCAUAUUGAUAUUACAGUAGACUUUGUGAAUGUUAUUGAUCGUACUUGUGUAUUGUAGAAAGUCGUCUGUACAUGGUACUCUGUGCUUCAAACAUGGUUUCACCGUCGUUUUAAAAGUGGUAGUUACAAAUAGUUAUUAUAUAUCAGCUGUAAACUUCAAUCCGCACGUGAACAUGUUCAUUUCAAAGUUGACCUUGUUCGUUGUAUGUUCUUUAUAAGGCGUUGCUCAGCCAACUGCCUGGGUAAAGAAUUCAUUGUUGUUGUAUGUGUGUGUGUGUUUGGAGAGUGCUAAUGGCGACGAGUAGAUUAAACCAUUUUGUACAAAUAAUUAUGAUGAUAAAUACACGUGAAAUAAACGUUUCUACUCGAUUGGA